GAUAUUUGUCUUAUUUGUUUGUGUGAUUUUUUUUCUUCUUUAGGUUAAUUAUAUAUUUUUUAUAUGCAAAUUUUAUUCUGUAACAUUUUCAGUUUAUUCUCGCCUCUCGGAUUGUAUUUUCUAUUUUAAUCAGCCAGAUUCCAUUAUAGAUAGGUCAUUCCUAUAUUCAAGUUUUCCAUUCUUAAGUUUAUUUUAUCACACCCAGUCGGUCUUUUCUUCGUUCUAGGGUUUCCUUCUUCUUCUCCUUCUUGAAUGGCGUCCAAUUCCUUUUACGGCGGUGCUGCCCCGUACCGAUCAAGAGAGGGUCUUAGCACGAGACCAGGGGCUAGUUCUGAUGAAAUUCAGUUGCGGAUUGAUCCGAUGCACGCGGAUUUGGACGAAGAGAUCACCGGUCUCCGUAGCCAAGUCAGAAAAUUGAGACACGUUGCUGAAGAUAUAGGGACGGAAGCAAGAUUUCAGAAUGAUUUUCUUAGUCAGCUGCAAAUGACAGUGAUCAAAGCUCAAGCAGGGGUCAAGAACAAUCUCAGAAGAUUGAAUAAGAGCGUCAUCCAGAAUGGUUCAAACCAUAUCAUUCAAGUGGUUGUUUUUGCUUUAAUUUGUUUCUUUGUGGUUUUCCUUUGGUCCAAGAUGUCUAGAAAAUGAGGACUAUUCCACACUGCUGACCUGCCGCAUCCAAAGAACUUCAAUUGGAAGGUUUUGCUGGACCAAUUGAUUUAUACCGGUUCUGUUGUAAAGCCCCUUGGCAUGAGACAUCUUUGACAUGGUUUUAGAACACUAGCUAUUAGAUGUAGAAAAGGAAAGGAUUUUAGCGGUAUUCGCAGGUUAUAAUUGUGCUGUAUGCCUGCAUUUCAGAAAUGGUUUCCGCAUAAAAGAAAGCAUUCUUUCAUCCA